UUCCGAGGAAAUGUACCAAAACUUUUUUAUACGUAAUUUUGGUCUAAACUUAUUGUAUGGUGUAUUUUUCAUAAUUAAUCUGGAAACUGAUGGCUGAUUGUUUUGCAUUUUAUUUUGUAACUAAUUAGCAAUUUUAAUAACUAGUCCAGUAAGAGAAGUCCGAAGUGAACACGCAUGCGUGGCUUUCUUAGUUUCUCUUCCGGUUAAAUUUUGAAGCCUGGAAAAUUAAUAAAUCUCGUUUUUACUGCAAUGUCGGUGGCAUAAAUCGCAAGCCCAUUAAUGACAGUUAUAUAAAAAGAAAUAAACAUAAACCUACAGCCAAAGUUUAUACUCGCACAUUUAAUAGGGACUAAAAUGCAGACCCGUUUCUCAGUUAAACUUGUCUGAACUUAUCCCAACAACAACAACAGCCUUGUUUUGAAAGUGUGAAAGACCUAUUAAAUUUCAAAAUGGAAAACGAUACAACUGUGUCAGCUGCCUACAUUUUUCGAGGCAUAGAGUAUAUAGUCACAAUGACUGUUAAGGAUGAUAGUGUUCUAAUGGUAGAGGUUGAGGACAAGUUGACAGCAGACCAGUGGAGGGCAGAGUUUGAUGCAGCAUAUGUUGAAGAUUUAACACACAAGACAGGAAAUUUCAAGCAGUUCAGUAUAUUUGUUAGUAUGCUUGAAUCUGGAAUUAUACAGGCCAGUGAAAGUGUAUCUUUAGAUUUACUGACAUAUGCCGACUUGGAAUCAUUAAGGCAGAGAAAAGCAGGAAGUGCUGCUAAAUCAAUGGCAGCUCCUCAGAGGACAGUAUCUCUGAAUUCUAAGAGAUACCUCAUUCUCACUUACACAGUGGAGUUUGAUAGAAUACAUUACCCUCUACCUCUACCAUAUGUUGGCAAGCCAGACCCUAGACAAUUGCAGGAGCAGGUCAGAAAUCUGAGAGCUGAAGUCAAGUCUCUCAAGCAACAGGGGCCUUCAGAAACAAAAGUGAAAGAUGUUGAGAAGUUAAGGAGAGAAAUGGAAGCAUUACAAAAAGAGAAAGAAGAUAUCGAAACAGAAUUUUUACAGUUCCGGCGAGAAAUGAAGAACACAACUCAGGGAAACGCAUUGAAAGAAUUAAAAAUGUUCAAGAGUAUGACUCGACAGCUUGAAGAGGAAUUGAUGAAAGAAAAAACAAAGCAUCAACGGCAAGUCAGUAAACAUAGUCAACAGUACAGGGACUUGCUUGAAGAGCUUGAAGAAGUAAGAGCAUCAGAAAGGAAUCUCAAAAUUAGAGUCAAGAGCCUAACAAAUGAGUUAGCUUUAUAUAAAAGAGAUAAAGUUCAUACAUCGAGGCAAACUAGGCCGUACAGCAGGGAAAGGACAAGUUCUUAUGAUAGAAUAUCAUCUAGGGAAAGAUCACUAUCUCGUGAUAGGGAGCGGUCAUUGUCACGAGAUAGGUCAUGGUCUGAUAGACUUUCAUCCGCCCGUGAUAGAUCUCGAGAUCGGUCCAGAGAUGGGUCCUUAGAACGCCCGUCAUCAGUGAACAGAAGCAGAUUGAGUGAUAGAUCUAAUGGUUAUAAAAACAGCUACUCACACAGAAGUAGAACACCCUCGCCAUCCCCUGCUGGUGCUAGAAACCCAAGGUUUGAUCCCUCAGCUUACGUCAAAGAAAAGGAACGCAAGAAGAAAGAAACAGUUUUAAAAAGAAAAAGACAGCAAAGAGCAAAUACAUCUGGUACCUCUGUAUUAUCUAACAAACCUUCUCCGGGAGUCCGACUAGCAAACAGUAGAUUAUCUGCUAACAGUCGAAAUCGUUCAAGAAAUACUUCAUAUGGGAGUCAGGGAGAAAUGAGUGAUGGUGGAAUGUCAGAUUCUUCGUAUUCAAGUCUAAGAAACUACAACAGAGGUAGGCCAAGCAGACCAAGAUCAAGGUCACGUCAGAAUGAAAGAAGUGCUUUGUCAUCCGCUUAUUUAUCUAGUCCAGAUGUGCCUAAGAAAUCUGAAAGCAAAACAAAGAAGAAUAGCAAAAUAUUAGCCAGUACACCAGAUUCAGAGUAUGGAAGAACACGCUCGGUUAGAAACAAAGAAAAUAUACCAGCCAGCAAUGGUUACGACAGUGAUUAUUUUGACAGAUCAGCAGAAAUUUCUGAAAUCGACGAGAGAUUAAAUAGGUUACAGCAACUCAUGAAAAACAGCAUGACUUGAGUAAAUGCCUGUGAUAGAAGGUUUUAUUUAAUAGUGAAAUGAAAAGAACAAUGUUCAUGCUAUAGGGCCAAUGCUAUAGGGCCAAGAAUAGAAUGAAUGCAGGAAACAUAAUAAACAUGUUGAUUCUUUCUUCAAAUUUCAAGUAACACUGAAAUUGUUCUUUUCUAACAUUACUUCAGGAGUGUAUGAAAUUUGUACUUCUUGAUGUUAUGGCCAGUGAGGGCUGUAUUGUUUGCAUAUAAGAGCAAAAUUUAUAAUGAAUGUUUUGCCAACAUGCUUUCUUUAACAAGAGCACAAAGUUUGCAAUAAUUUUUCAGUUUGAAACUUAUCGCAAAACCAGAUUUCGAAAGUAUAGUUCUGCUUAACAACCAUUCUUUAAAUACUGCUGUUUUAAAAAAGAACUGAGUAUUUUUCUAUGUAUGUCAUUGGUCACAAGGUCUGAAACACGACUGGUCAGCUGUUACCACUUUUUACAGAAUCAGUCUGUCACAAUGUUAGUUUAAGUCUCAGCUAUGCAACCAUAAAAUUUCAUCUUGUUCAACUUGUGAGUGUCAACUACUGCAGGUAUAAUUGAUCGCUUAUGUCAACCAAUUAGGGACCUAAUUUUACAAAGUAACCUGAAAUGGAUUACAGUUCUGGGAUAGUAGUGUGUGAUUAACAUGAUGGAUGAUCAAUAUUACCUCAGUCUGAUUAACAAUUUUGAUGAUCCAUUAUUUAUUUUACACAACGUGAAACAGGGGUCCGAAAUUGCUUGAUGUACAAAUAUAUACAGGUCAAUAAAUUAUAAAACUGAACUUACAGAUAGUGGUAAUUGUUACCAAUAGAUAGGUAAAGAAUUAAACUGUUACAGGCAGGUUUUAAAUGGAUAUAUCAGACAUGAAACUGUUAGAUUUAUUACUCUUGUGCAUCUUAACAUAUUAUUGUCUGAAAGAUUCACACACAGACGGUUUACUGCAUGUUCUGAAACAUUUCACUUCUUUGUAAUGUUAAUUAUUUUGUGAUGAAACUGAAUCCUGUGCAUACAUUUAAUCAGUUAUUUCUGUGAGGAACACUCCUUGGGUAAACCAUCAGCCAUUUUACAAGUCUGUAUAAAACAUUAGGUAGGAUGUUGAUAAGACCACUUUUUGCCAGUCCCCACAAGUGGCCUUACUAACGGAACUUUACUGUAAUACCUUCAGUAAGAACAGCUUUUGCAGAAAACAGGUAAAGGGCAUGGUAAUCUCUAUUGAUCAUCCUCAGUAUUUAAAAUUUAUUGGUAUCUAUCAUGUUUUGAAGGGACAUGCUUUCAGAUGGUUAUCAAAAUUUCAGUGUUUUAAAAACACAAAACAAUAUACCGGUACACUUAAUAUCAAAACUUGUAAAUCAAAAUUAUUCAGGCUGAUGUUAAAGGCAGGUCUGCACGUUUGAGACAAAAACUGUUCAACAAUGUAGAAUUUCAUUAAACCAUAUUUUUUUUUUAAAGGAAAGGAAAUUCAGCCAGUAAGUGAGAAGGGUUGUGUGCUUUUUUUUUUGAUAGACCAGUUUGAAAAUAUUGGUCCUCCGGUCAAUUUUCACUAUGGGCUUCUUUAGGAAAAUCAUACUUUAGAUGACAUUUUCACAUACUGGUUGGUGAUAACAUUGCCAUGUAGUAGCUUCAAAGUUUAGUAAUUAAAUCAAUUAAUACUUAAUACACAGGAUAGAUUACAGCAACAUUUAUGCGACCUGACAUUAUUCAAGGUUUAUGAUGUUACACCAUCACUUCCGGUUAAUCAGAUAUGCAGACCUACCUUUAUAAUGAGUUUGAUACAAUGAACAGUUGAAUUCAUUCUAUUUCAUAUCACAUUUCUAUUGCUUGAGUAAUGCAUUUGGAUGCUUAAACUGCUUUUCAACUUAUUUUGCAGCUUUCACGAGUGUUUUCCUAGAUGAAGACUUCUUAGAAUAUGAGAAUUACUUUAUUUUUAAUUUUUGUUUAAAAUUACUAAUAAAAGCAUUUUCCAAACCUUGAAAAGUUAUACUAUAUCUGAAGCCAUGCCCCUUUAACAUUUUCUAUAAAUUAGUGACAUGUUGUUAAUGUUCAUAUUGUUAAAAAAUAGGUUGUAGAAAUAUGCUAGUAAUGGUCGAAUAGGGGCAUUCUUAGGGUGGUGUAGUGUAGCUGUUAGGCUUUAAAAUAACUGUAAUUUGAAAUGUGGUUAUACAUUUGUGUUCUUGAAGUAUUUAUAUGAGAGAAAAAAACUUGACAGACAGCAUAGAGAAUUAAAAGGAGAGUAACAAAUUUUCCAUAUGCAAAUAUAAUCUAAUAUUAAUGUUUCAUAUGGCUUUGACUUUUAUUUUGAAAUCCGAUGAAACAGCUGUCCAAAUAGAUGUUAUGCAUAAUUAUUAUGGUUAGAAAAAACACUGCGUUCAUUACUGCACAUAAACUUAUUUCAUUAGAUCCAUAAAGGGAGGUAAUAAAAAACAUUAAGUUCAAUAAAACUUUCUAUGUGUUAAUCAAUAUUCAAAACUUUAACAAUUGUUAGAGAAAUCAAUUAUGGAAAACAGGAUGUAACAAGAAAUCAAUAUAUUUUAUGUUCAUAACAAAAAUCUGGCAGCUAUAUUACAAACAAAGGCAUUUAAGGUAGUUCUGCACGUUUGAAAAACCGGAAGUGAUGGCGUAACGUUAUUUAUCCGGAAAAUGUAGAGUAAAGCCUGGAUUCGGCCUACGGAAAUGAAAAUCAGUUAAUGAAUUAAUUGAAGCCUGUGAUUAAAUUUAUUACAAUGGCACUGUUGCUAUAUUUCAAAAGUCAAAAUAUGAUAGUAAAACAUACGGCACGUUAAAAUAUUCAAAAUAAUGUGUUAAAAUUAGCAUGAAAUGUCCGGUUCACUUUAAUCAUGGUCAAAUAUCUCAAAAAUAAGCACACGGACCUAUACAUUUUAUUUCACCAAAUUAUAGUCUAUAUGUUUAUUAACAACCAUGGGAAGUUUCAUCAAAAUCUACAUUGUAGAAAAAAUUCUAUUCGUGAAAAUGUUAUGAAAGUUAUGAUUUUCCCAUAGACUACCAUUAUGAAAUAUUGCACGAGGUCUAAAUUUUUCAAACCAGUCUAGCAAAAAAUCAAGCACACGACCCUAUAUUUUUUAUUUGCUGAAUUUUCUAGGUAUAUUCUGAAGUUUUGAAAAAUCAGAGUGUAAUCAAAUUCUACAUUGUAGAAAAAAUUUCGAUCCAGACGUGCAGAACUACCUUAAAUGUAUGUGCAAAAAUUUCUGAUUAUGUCAUUGAAAAGUGAUACAGGUAUUUCGAUUUGAAAACUUUUGGAACCAUACAAAAAUCAAUCGGGAGGUCUACAACAGGUUGUCUCAAAGCUUAGGCAAGCAUGAUUAUAAUAUGACCAGUUUUGUAAUGUGUUAUCAUACGUUGAUUGUGUAUGCAUUUAUCCAUAAAAUGAUAUUAAAUUGAAACCAGUUCUGAAAAGAUAAAAAAUAAAAUAUUUAUAGCUUUUGAAGACGGAUUAUGUUUUAAUGAAACAUGGCACAUUUAUGGAAAGAGAAUGCCUACAUAGAUUAGAUCUGCCAGAUGUCUUACUGUUAGUACUGUUUCUUGGACUUAUGUUAUAUGAUGUUUUCCUCUAUGCACGUGCUUUUAGUUUAUACAGACUGUUUUACAUUUAUAUGUAUAGUUACAUUUUAUCAAAGUCUUAUUUAUUUUAUAUUAAAUUUUGUAGAAUUAA